GUUGGGCCUCUGCUCCUUUAAACAGGACGUACCAACCGCCGCGGGAUGGGCUGAGGUUAUUGUGUGCCCUGUGGUGCCUCCGAGCAGCCCGCCGGGAUGGGGGCAGCGGGAGGAGGAGAAGCGCCGGGCCGAGCAGGGCCGCCGCCGCUGGGCGCUGUCCUUCGUCUUUUCUUAUUUUCCCAAGCCCCUGCUCCUCCUCUGUGGGGAGGACGAAUGGUUCAGUCCCACCAUCAUGGCCGCCACCAUGAAGAAAGCGGCUGCAGAAGAUGUCAAUGUUACUUUUGAAGAUCAACAGAAAAUUAACAAGUUUGCAAGAAAUACUAGCAGGAUCACAGAGCUGAAAGAAGAAAUAGAAGUCAAAAAGAAACAACUUCAGAACUUGGAAGAUGCUUGUGAUGACAUCAUGAUGCUUGAUGAUGGUGACUCAUUACUGAUACCCUACCAAAUUGGAGAUGUUUUCAUUAGUCAUUCCCAAGAAGAGACACAAGAGAUGCUGGAGGAGGCAAAGAAAAGUUUACAAGAAGAAAUUGAUGUGUUAGAAUCCCGAGUGGAAUCAAUUCAGAGGGUCUUAUCUGACCUGAAAGUUCAGCUCUAUGCAAAGUUUGGAAAUAACAUAAAUCUUGAGGCUGAGGACAGUUGAAGGUGUUCUAAAUGUACCAUACAACUUUUCCUUGGUUUAAUAAAUGUUUUGAUAUCGUUCCAAUUACAUUUAGAACAAAAUCCACCUUUUAUUUUUUUUUUUUUUACUUUCCUCUCUUGGAUUCCAUCUGUUUAAUGAGAGCUUUCUUAUUUUGGUUAUUGCAGUUAUUUAUUUGUUCAGGAAAGCAUUAGCUUCAUUACGGUUGGUAAAGCAUCAAGAUUGGAAUAUUUGCAUUGUAUAUUAAAUUAAUGAAGUCAGGCAUGUAUUGUAGUUUCCUUGGUCUUGUUUUACACUCAUGAAAAUGCUUAAAUAGAAAACCAGUAUAAAUAGGGAACUUCUGGUUUGCCCUGUAAUGGCUGUUUGAUAAAAGUUUCUCGCAUAUGUGAUUCAUGAUUUGGCUGUAAUGCUAUUUAGUAUAAUUUUAUUUAUAAUGCUGGUUUUAGCAGCAGUCUUGGAAAUACUAAAUCUAUCCUUUGUCUUUCAAUCUUAGCUCAGAUAGCAUACACACCGUUAGCUCAGUGCACAGCAUGGCAGCAAGUUGACAGGGAAGAGAGUUCCUUAAAACCUGCAUUGGUAUUGAAGAGAAGCUUUUGGAGUCACAGUCAUAUUCAGUCACUUACUACUUUAUAUUCGGCAGUCACAAAAGAUGCUGUAAGUCAGAAUGGUGAGUCUUUAACUUCUAAUUUUCCUCAACAAUAGUUUUCUAAAUCCACAUUUAUAUACCAAAUUAAUGUCAGAAUUGUUCAUAGAUGAUGUUGCUAUGUCAGCAUCAAUCCCUGGAACUAUGCCUCCAUCACUAUGUGGAGUUAAAAGUAAUUUUUAAAUGUCUUAAUUUGCUGACUCCUUACAUCCUUCAAAAACUUAUGUACUGUCUCACUCUCAAAUUCUGCUUUUGGACUUUUGCCUGCUGAUUAAUGUGCUGUUCCAUGGAAAUAUGUGCUCUUUAUGACUUUGUUUUUAAAAAUUAAAUCUUAGCAUACUGGGAGUGUUGGGAUGGGUUGAUGCCCCACUCCCCCAGCACAUCUAGUUUAAAGCUGCCUUGACCAGCCUGGCAAGUCUUCUACCAAAGCAGCUCUUCCCCUUCUGUCAGACCAGCUUCGUCAACCUCCAGUAGACCUGGCCUCCCAAAUCAAGUCACAUGUUCUAAAUAACCAAGCCCUUGACUAUGGCACCACCAUUCUAACCAUUUAUUAACCUGCCAGAUCCGCCCGGCCUUAUCAAGGUCCUCUCCUUUGACUUGGAAGAUUGAUAAAAAAACUGUCUGAGCUCCAGAGCCCCUAACCACCUCUCCCAGAGCUCUCUAGUCCUUAGUGAUUCCCAGGCUUCUGCUGUCAAUAUCACUAGGACCCACAUGGACCACAAGAAGUGGGUAAUAGCAGGACUUACUAGACCAGGCAGCCUCUCUGAUCCGAGCCCCUGGUAGGCAACACACCUCCCUCGAGACUGGGUCAGGCCAACAGAUGGGUGCCUCUGUGCCUUUCAAAGUAGAGUCACCUGCUACUAUGAUCCGCUGCUUUUUCCUGGAGGCACCAGUAGUGAUCCUCUUUACUGGUGCAUCAGCAGGAUGUUCAUUUGGUGCAGUGGGCACUUCCUCAUUAGCCCCCUGCAGAACUGCGAAGUGGUUCUGGGUGGGGACGUUGGAUUUUGGAGGAAGCCCCUUGCUGUUAAUUCCUCCUUUUUUUGUUGUGGUGUUUAUUUUUUUUUGUUACUAGUUCCCAGCUUCUUGGGUUAAUGCCGCCCUUCUUUUCUGUAUGCGCUGUGGUGGGCGCUUGUGGCCCCUGCACAGUUUGGGCCUGGAGCAAGCAGCCCAGCUCCCUCAGCUUCCCUGACAUCGUCUCGCCUACUGACAGUCUCCCGCAGCUCAGCCACCUGCUGCAGGAGGACCUCCACCAGGGCGCACUGAGUGCACUCUGUCCAUUAUACACCCUUUCCUCAAGAGACCAGUCAAGGCGCUUUCUACUCUCCUAGGUCUGCGCUGCAGCCUCCCCUCUCAUCUGUUUUGUCUGGGUGCUGAUGCUGGCCACUGCCAGGGCAGCCAGAGUUGAGCUCCCACACUGGGCCGCCGUCACCCCUGGGCUGCCCCCUGUGAGCCCCUGCUCGUGUCAGCUGAGCUGCCGGCUCCUGGGCAAGUCCUGUCAAGACUCGAGGCUCCCUCGGUGGCUCUUGCCACUCAGAAUUGAGGCUCCUGGGUGCUGUGUUUCCCCUUGCUCUGGAGUUGAAGGCGUCUUCUCUGCCUCAGCAAAUGACUUAGUAUAUUUGUUCUUAAUAUAAAUAAUCAGAGUAUGAGAUGAGUAUAUUUUUAUGAAGUGAUUAUUACCUACUUAUCGUGUCAGUUGUGUGGCAUCGUUUCUUCAAACUGAAGAGGAGGAACGUGGA